GAUCCUGAUAAAAGUAAACUUAUCCAGCAACAAUUAGUGCUCUUGCUGCAUGCUCACAAAUGUCAACGAAGAGAAAAUGCAAAUGGUGAACAAGCCUGUGCUUUACCUUACUGUCGUACAAUGAAAAAUGUCUUGACUCAUAUGACUUCCUGUACGGCUGGUAAAACAUGUCAAAUUGCACAUUGUGCCUCGUCUCGCCAGAUUAUUACUCACUGGAAGAAUUGUCAUAGAAAUGAUUGUCCUGUAUGCUUACCAUUAAAACAUGCUUCAGAUAAUAGAAGAAAUCCAGCUGGUAAGUAUUUAACGUCAAUUUCUGUUGUAGGUGGUGGAAACAUGGCUCCCAAUACUAACAUGACAGCACCUAGUACAUUGAAUGCUGUACCACAAGGUAGUGGUAAUGUUAGUGAAACAACGUUUAAACGAGCAGUUGAUGCUCUAGGUUUAUCUAAUCGUCCACAACCCCCAGUUCCCCCUAGUGCUACAACUACCUUGAAUCAACAAAAUCAAAAUAAUGCUUUACAAGCUAUAAUAGGUCCAGGUGGUAUGGCUCAACCACCCACAAUGACUGCAGCAUCAUCAGAAGCUUUACAAAAUAUUGCCAUGACGUCACAAAUGACUAAAGAUUGGCAUCAAGAUGUUACGCAAGACUUGAGAAAUCAUUUAGUGCAUAAAUUAGUACAAGCUAUAUUUCCUACACCAGACCCAACAGCUUUAAAAGAUACUAGAAUGAAAAAUCUGGUGGCUUAUGCUAGAAAAGUUGAAGGUGAUAUGUAUGAAACAGCUAAUAGUCGAGAGGAAUACUAUCAUCUUUUAGCUGAGAAAAUCUAUAAAAUUCAGAAGGAGUUGGAUGAAAAGCGUCAACAGAGAAUACGUAGUGGACAACCUGGUCCACCUGGUCCUCCAGGUGUACCUCAACCGAGAGCUAAUGCACCGCAAAAUGGCCCCCUUUCAGGAUUUAAUGCAGCUGAAAGUUUAGGGCUAACUAAUUUAGUUCCUGGUCUUAAUAAUUUAUUUAAUCAUCAACAACAACAACAGCUUCUUCAAGGUUCUCAAGUGAAUCCCAUGGCACCCAGAAUGCCUGGUAACCAACAACUCAUGUCUCCACCUUUAUCCCAACAACUUCAAAAUAAUUCUCAAUCUCAGCAACUGAUGCAACAGACAGGACAAGGUGGGCAACCACCGAGCUCAGUUUCCCAAAUACAUCAGUCACUGAGUAAAAUCUUGACACCACAAAACCAAACACCAACAUCCACUGUACAAUCCAACUCGUUGAACCAAGCCUCUGCUCAAUCAGCAACUGGACUGCCGCAACAACAGUCACAACAGCAACAGCAGUCCGGUAGUGGUAAGCAACAGAAUCAGUCUCUUGGAGGAUUGAUGGGUCCAGGUAGUGUACCUAAUGGCACUCAAUUAGGACAAGGUGGACCUACAUCUGUUGGUAAGACACUACCAGUAGCUACUUCUCCUGCUCCAGUUGUCUCUACAGCCUCUUCUUCCAUCAAUCAUGUAAGUCUAGCUUAUUAUCUUCUGUAUGUCAACUCAAUGGAGGUGAAGAAGGAAAUUAAAACUGAACCCACUUCUAAUAGUCUGUCAUCCUUAUUGUCAUCACCUAGUAAAGAUAUGUCUUCUACAACCAACGCUGAUCCUCCAUCAUCAGUCAGUAAUGGUACUGGUGUCAAGACUGAGAUUAAAAAUGAACCAGGAGUUGUCAAAACAGAACCUUCUGAAGCUAUGGAUACCACUUCUGCUCCACCUUCUGUCACACCAAAACCAGAAGGAGGCAGUGAGGGUACAACUGUUGCUGAAGCGGAUACAAAACCAGACACAGAAGACUCGUCUCAAGGGGCACCUUCAACACCUGUACCAACAGCACCUAAAUCAAAAAAGAAUACAGUCGAAUCGAGGCUUUUGAAAAUAUUCAAUUCUGUUUUUUCAGUCUUUAAACCUGAUGAAUUACGGCAAGCUUUAAUGCCAACAUUGGAGAAAUUAUACAGACAAGAUCCUGAAUCGCUUCCAUUUAGACAACCAGUAGAUCCUGUACAAUUACAGAUUCCGGAUUACUAUGAUAUUGUAACUAAACCUAUAGAUCUAUCAACUAUAAAACGUAAAUUAGAUACAGGACAGUACAAUGAUCCCUGGGAAUAUGUGGAUGAUGUUUGGUUAAUGUUUGAAAAUGCUUGGGUGUAUAAUCGUAAAACUUCUCGUGUCUAUAAAUUCUGCUCAAAGCUUGCCGAAGUAUUUGAAUCUGAAAUUGAUAGUGUCAUGCAAUCAUUGGGCUAUUGUUGUGGUCAUAAAUAUACAUUUAGUCCCCAAGUUUUAUGUUGCUAUGGUAAACAACUGUGUACCAUACCUAGAGAUUCUAUGUACCGUAGUUAUCAAAAUAGAUAUGUGUUUUGUGAGAGAUGUUUUCAAGAAAUACAGGGUGAUGAAGUGGAACUUUCUGAUGAUCCAACUCAAGUUGCAACGAGAAUUAAAAAGGACCAGUUUACACUUCAGAAAAAUGAUCAAAUGGAUUAUGAACAAUUUGUGAAUUGUAUUGAAUGUGGUAGAAAGCAUCAUGUGAUCUGUGCAUUGUGGUUUGAACCUAUCUGGCCAACCUAUACUUGUGAUAAUUGUUUAAAAGCUAAGGGUAUGAAACGAAAAGAAAACCGUUUUUCUGCAAAAAAAUUACCUACGACAAAAAUGGGUAAUUUCUUAGAAAAUCGUGUGAAUAAUUAUUUAAAGAAGAAAGAUGUCGGGGCAGGGGAUGUAUCUAUAAGAGUGCUAUCUAGUUCAGAUAAAAUUGUUGAAGUCAAACCUGGCAUGAAAUCAAAGUUUCCUGAUGAAGUGCCAGAUAGUUUUCCAUAUCGAUCAAAGGCUAUGUUUGCUUUUGAAGAAAUUGAUGGUGUAGAUGUCUGUUUUUUCGGUAUGCAUGUUCAAGAAUAUGGUUCUGAAUGUCAAAUGCCAAAUACCAGACGAGUUUACAUAUCAUAUUUGGACAGUGUUCAUUUCUUUCAACCCAGACAUUUAAGGACUGCUGUGUAUCAUGAAAUUCUUAUAGGAUAUUUAGAAUAUGCUAAAAACAUGGGAUAUACUGUGGCCCAUAUUUGGGCGUGUCCCCCUAGUGAAGGGGAUGACUAUAUUUUCCACUGCCAUCCACCCGAACAAAAAAUUCCAAAGCCAAAGCGAUUACAAGAUUGGUACAAGAAAAUGUUAGAUAAAGCUAUUAUUGAACGUGUUUGUACAGAUUAUAAGGAUAUUUUAAAAGAUGCAAUAGAAAACAAUUUUCAAAGUGCUACAGAAAUGGCCUACUUUGAAGGUGAUUUCUGGCCUAAUGUUGUUGAAGAAAGUAUUAAAGAAUUAAAUCAAGAAGAAGAAGAAAAGAAGAAAAGAGAAGAAGCUCAGGCUGCAGCUGCUGAAGCUGAAGCUGCAGAUUGUAAUGAUGAGGCUGAAGGCUCAAAUAAAGGCCGCAAUAAGAAAGCAUACAAAAGUAAAAAUAAUCAGAGGAAAGUGGCCAAGAAAUCCAACGUGCCACAGGGCAGCAACGAUCUCACUAACAAAUUAUAUCAAACUAUGGAAAAACACAAAGAGGUAUUUUUUGUGAUACGAUUACAUCCUCAACAAAACCCUCCAGGCAUGCCACAAAUUCGUGAUUUAGACCCUUUGUGUAGUUGUGAACUAAUGGAUGGUAGAGACUCAUUUUUAACGCUUGCUCGUGAAAAACAUUACGAAUUCUCUUCCUUUCGUAGAGCGAAAUAUUCAACCUUGGCAAUGUUAUACGAACUGCAUAAUCAAGGAAAAGAUGCCUUCUGUUAUACAUGUAAUGAAUGUAAAAAUCAUGUGGAAACCAGAUAUCAUUGUUCCGUUUGUGAGGACUUUGAUUUGUGCGUUAAUUGUUACAAGAAAGUUACUCAUCCUCAUAGAAUGGACAAACUUGGUUUUGAUCUGGAUGACGGCUCAUAUAGUGGAGAAAAACAAGAAAAUCCUCAGGAAUCUCGUCGUCAAUCUAUUCAAAGGUGUAUUCAGUCUUUGGUGCAUGCAUGUCAGUGUAGAGACGCUAAUUGCAGACUUCCUAGUUGUACGAAAAUGAAACGUAUUGUUCACCAUACAAAAACAUGUAAACGUAAAACUAAUGGUGGUUGUCCAAUCUGUAAACAAUUAAUAGCAUUGUGUUGUUAUCAUGCAAAACAUUGUAAUGAAGGAAAGUGCCAAGUUCCCUUCUGUACUCAUUUGAAACACAAGUUGCGUCAUCAGCAGUUACAACAGAGACUUCAACAAGCUCAGUUACUGAGACGUCGUAUGGCUAUCAUGACUGCAACA